CGAAGGGCGCGAGGGGGAGCGCGCGGGCGGCCGAGCGCCGGGUCGCGAGAGGUGAAGCGCGGCGAGGAUGGCAGCGCGGGGCCGGGGGCUGCGGCCACUGCUGCUCGCGCUCUGGGGGCUGCUGGCGCUGGGCCCCAGCGCGCCGGCGGCCAAGCUCAACAUCCCCAAAGUGCUGCUGCCCUUCACGCGGGCUACGCGUGUGAACUUCACGCUGGAGGCCUCGGAGGGCUGCUACCGCUGGUCGUCCACCCGGCCGGAGGUGGCCAGCAUCGAGCCGCUGGGCCCGGGCGAGCAGCAGUGCUCCCGGAAGGCGGUGGUGCAGGCCCGCCUGUCCCAGCCCGCGCGCCUGACCAGCAUCAUCUUCGCAGAGGACAUCACCACCGGCCAGGUCCUGCGCUGUGACGCCAUCGUGGACCUCAUCCACGGCAUCCAGAUUGUCUCCACCACCCGCGAGCUCUACCUGGAGGACUCACCACUGGAGCUGAAGAUCCAGGCCCUGGACUCUGAAGGAAACACGUUCAGCACCCUGGCCGGGCUGGUGUUUGACUGGACGAUCGUGAAGGACCCGGAGGCUGACGGGUACUCGGACUCACACAACGCGCUGCGCAUCCUGACUUUCCUGGAGUCUACCUACAUACCCCCCUCCUACAUCUCAGAGAUGGAGAAGGCGGCCAAGCAGGGGGACACCAUCCUGGUGUCCGGGAUGAAGACGGGGAGCUCCAAGCUGAAGGCGCGGAUCCAGGAGGCCGUGUACAAGAACGUACGCCCCGCAGAGGUCAGGCUGCUGAUUUUGGAGAACAUCCUUCUGAACCCAGCUUACGACGUCUACCUCCUGGUGGGGACAUCCAUCUGCUACAAGGUGCAGAAGAUCAGGCAAGGGAAGAUCACAGAGCUCUCCAUGCCUUCUGACCAGUACGAGCUGCAGCUGCAGAGCAGCAUCUGGGGCCCCGAGGGAGACCCGGGCCGGCCCGUGGCGGUCUUGGCCCCGGACACGUCGACGGUCACUGCGGUCCAGCUGGGACAGAGCAGCCUGGUCCUUGGCCACAGGAGUAUCCGCAUGCAGGGCGCUUCCCGGUUACCGAACAGCACCGUCUACGUAGUUGAGCCUGGAUACUUGGGGUUCACAGUCCACCCCGGUGAUCGGUGGGUGCUCGAGACUGGCCGCCUGUAUGAAAUUACCGUCGAGGUGCUGGACAGAACCGGCAACAAGGUCUACCUGUCAGAUAACAUCCGCAUCGAAACUGUGCUUCCUCCAGAGUUCUUUGAGGUGCUGACUUCUUCCCAGAACGGGUCAUACCAUCACGUCAGGGCAGUCAAGAGGGGCCAGACGGCCAUUGAGGCGGCCCUCACCUCCGUGGUGGACCAGGAUGGAGGGGUCCACAUGCUACGAGUGCCUGUAUGGAACCAGCAGGAGGUUGAAAUUCACAUUCCCAUCACCCUCUAUCCCAGCAUCUUGACGUUCCCGUGGCAACCAAAGACGGGCGCCUAUCAGUAUACAGUCAAGGCCCACGGCGGGAGCGGGAACUUCAGCUGGUCUUCCUCGAGCCACAUGGUUGCCACAGUCACAGUCAAGGGUGUGAUGACCACAGGCAGUGACACUGGCCUCAGUGUGAUCCAGGCACACGACGUGCAGAACCCACUACACUUCGGGGAGAUGAAGGUGUACGUGAUUGAGCCCAGCAGCAUGGAGUUCGCACCAUGCCCAGUGGAGGCCCGGGUGGGCCAGACCCUGGAGCUGCCACUGCGGAUCAACGGCCUCAUGCCUGGUGGGGCUGACGAGGUGGUCACCCUGAGCGACUGCUCCCACUUCGACUUGACGGUUGAGGUGGAAAACCAGGGCGUGUUUCAGCCGCUCCCAGGGCGGCUGCGGCCGGGGUCUGAGCACUGCAGCGGAGUCGAGGUGAAGGCGGAGGCCCAGGGCUACACUGCCGUCCUCGUGAGCUACAAGCACGACCACAUCCACCUGAGCGCCCGCAUCACCGUGGCCGCCUACCUGCCCCUCAAGGCCGUGGACCCCUCCUCCGUCGCCUUGGUGACUCUCGGCUCCUCAAAGGAGAUGCUCUUUGAAGGAGGCCCCAGACCGUGGGUCCUGGAGCCUUCCAAGUUCUUCCGGAACGUCACCUCCGAGGACAUGGACAGCAUCAGUCUGGCUCUCUUUGGGCCCCCAGCCUCCCGGAAUUACCAGCAACACUGGAUCCUGGUGACCUGCCAGGUCUUGGGCGAGCAGGUCAUCGCCCUCUCCGUGGGGAACAAGCCCAGCAUCACCAACCCGUUCCCCGCGCUGGAGCCCGCCGUGGUGAAGUUCGUCUGCGCCCCGCCGUCCCGGCUGACCCUCACGCCCGUCUAUGCCAGCCCCCAGCUGGACCUGUCGUGCCCGCUGCUGCAGCAGAACAAGCAGGUGGUUCCAGUCUCCAGCCACCGCAACCCCGUGCUGGACCUGGCUGCCUACGACCAGCAGGGCCGCAGGUUCGACAACUUCAGCUCCCUGAGCGUCCAGUGGGAGUCCGCCAGGCCUUCGCUGGCUAGCAUUGAGCUCGACCUGCCCAUGCGGCUGGAGGCCCGGAGCGACCAGAGCGGCCAGAAAAAGCUGCAUGGUCUGCAGGCUGUUUCGGUUCACGAGGCCUCGGGCACCACCACCAUCUCUGCCACCGCGACUGGGUACCAGCAGUCCCACCUCCACGCGGCCAGAGUGAAGCAGCCGCACGAUGCCCUCACGCCCGUGUCGGCCUCCGUCGAGCUCGUCCUGGUGGAGGACGUGCGGGUGCGUCCGGAAGAGGUGACCAUCUACAACCACCCCAACGUGCAGGCCGAGCUGCAGGUCCGGGAAGGCUCCGGCUACUUCUUCCUCAACACCAGCGCCGCGGACGUCGUCAAGGUGGCCUACCAGGAGGCCAAGGGCGUCGCCACGGUGCACCCUUUGCUCCCGGGCACCUCCACCAUCAUGAUCCACGACCUGUGCCUGGCCUUCCCGGCCCCCGCGAAGGCUGACGUUUACGUCUCGGACAUUCAGGAGCUGUACGUCCGCGUGGUGGACAAGGUGGAGAUUGGGAAGACGGUCAAAGCUUAUGUGCGCGUUCUGGACUUUCACAAGAAGCCUUUCCUGGCCAAGUACUUGACCUUCAUGGACCUGAAGCUCCGGGCAGCCUCCCAGAUCAUCACGCUGGUGGCCCUCAACGAGGCCCCAGAUGACUACACCGCCACGUUCCGUGUCCAUGGCGUGGCCAUUGGCCAGACCAGUCUCACCGCAAGUGUGACCGAUAAAGCCGGACAGAGAAUCAACUCAGCCCCACAGCAGAUCGAGGUCUUCCCCCCAUUUAGGUUGAUACCCAGGAAGGUGACGCUGAUUAUCGGGGCCACGAUGCAGGUCACCUCCGAGGGCGGCCCCCAGCCUCAGUCCAACAUCCUCUUCUCCAUCAGCAACGAGAGUGUGGCGGAGGUGAACGGCGCCGGGCUGGUACGGGGGCUCGCUGUGGGUAACGGCACCGUGUCCGGGGUCGUGCAGGCCGUGGACGCCGAGACCGGCAAGCUCGUCACUGUGUCGCAGGAUCUCGUGGAAGUGGAGGUGCUGCUUCUCCAGGCGGUGAGGAUCCGCGCCCCCAUCACUCGGAUGAGGACGGGGACCCAGAUGCCUGUCUACGUCACGGGGAUCAGCAACAACCAGAACCCUUUCUCCUUCGGGAACGCAGUGCCGGGGCUGACCUUCCACUGGUCUGUCACCAAGCGGGACGUCCUGGACAUUCGGGGACGGCAUCACGAGGCGUCGCUCCGGCUCCCUUCGCAGUACAACUUCGCCAUGAACGUGCAUGGCCGGGCCAAGGGCCGCACCGGCCUGAGGGUGGUGGUCAAGGCUCUGGACCCCACAGCAGGGCAGCUGCUGGGCCUCGCCAGAGAACUCUCUGAUGAGAUCCAAAUCCAGGUGUUCGAGAAGCUGCAGGUGCUGAGCCCUGAGAUAGAAGCCGAGCAUGUGUUAAUGUCGCCCAACUCGUUCAUAAAGCUCCAGACCAACAGGGACGGCGCAGCCUCCCUGAGCUACCGUGUCCUGGAUGGGCCCGAGAAGGUUCCCGUCGUGCACGUCGACGAGAAGGGCUUCCUGACGUCGGGGUCUGUGAUCGGGAUGUCCACGGUCGAAGUGACCGCCCAAGAGGCGUUUGGGGCCAAUCAGACCAUCAUUGUUGCUGUCAAGGUGUCGCCUGUUUCGUACCUGAGGAUCUCCAUGAGCCCCGCCCUGCACACCCAGAACAAGGAGGCUCUGGCGGCCCUGCCCCUGGGAGUGACCGUGACCUUCACCGUCCACUUCCACGACAGCUCUGGUGACGUCUUCCAUGCGCACAAUUCCAUCCUCAACUUUGCAACUAACAGGGACGAGUUUGUGCAGAUCGGGAAGGGCGUCGCCAACAACACCUGCGUGGUCCGCACAGUCAGCGUGGGCCUGACACUGCUCAGAGCCUGGGAUGCGGAGCACGGGGGCCUCUCCGACUUCGUCCCACUGCCCGUCCUGCAGGCCAUCUCCCCAGAGCUGUCCGGAGCGCUGGUGGUGGGGGAUGUCCUCUGUCUGGCCACGGUUCUGGUCAGCCGGGAAGGUGUCCCCGGGACCUGGAGCUCGUCUGCCAGCAGCGUCCUCCACGUGGACCCCAAGACAGGCGUGGCCGUGGCCCAGGAGGCAGGAUCUGUGACUGUUUUCUACGAGGUCGCUGGGCACCUGAGGACCUACAAGGAGCCGAGAGUGAAUCAGUGAGCAGAGCCUGGCCGCCUUCCACGUGUCUCAUCGUUAGAGCCAGCGUGUGCUCUGUGGAGUCCAGCAGUUUAACCUAAUAGCGCACGUGUUCAGUGCGGCAGCUCUGUGGCUGGGGCAGCCCGCUGCGUAUAGAGACACCUUGGGGCUAAUAAAGCGACACCCUCCCAGAAGCAGCCCAGGCAGGGCCGGGGCAGGGCGGGGGUGCUGGCAGAGGAGGGCACGGCCUGGCAAAGUUGUGCGGGGUUCGAGAGCAGAGCCCUGGGGCUGGAUCCUGGGAUGUAGGGGCUGGCAUUGUGAUCAGAUCACGACAUGCCUUCGAUUCCGGGUAGCUCCUGGAGUGGUUACGCAUAUGGGCUCUGGGGCCAGGCUGCCUGCGUUCACAUCCCAGCUGGGCCACUGAGAGGCUGUGUGACCUUGGGCAAGUUAUUUAACCUCUCUGUGCCUCAGUUUUCUCACCUGUAAAAUGGGGAUACUGUUACUGCAUGAAACACUCUGAAUGGUACUCAGCACACAGCAAGCGCUUAGUAGGUAUUGGGUGCCCCUGCUCAGGGUGAGAGAGUGAAACUCAUGCUGGGCGCAGUGCAGGAGGGGUUAUCGGAGCUUUCUUUAAGCAAAGACCAUUGCAGAUCAGAGGUGUGUUUGGAGAGACGGCCGGUGCCUGGCUGAGUCAGGGCCUGAGGGGAGGGGAGCUGCUGCAGGGUGGCAGCUGGGAGGUGGAGGCUGGGCCCUGGCUGGUGCUCCCGGGUGGGUUUGGGGAGAUCGGGGAAGGAGGGUUGUUAGAGCCUGGUGACUAUUUGGCAGUGGGGCUAGAGGGGAGAGGAGGCCUGGGGGAUGAGUCUCCAGGUCUGGCUUGGGCAACCAGGUGGGUGAUGGCCCUUUGCAGAGAGGGGGGCACAGAAGGGGCUGGUGCUGAGGGAAGGGGCUGGUGAGCUGGAGGGGGUUGUGGCUCUUCCAGGUGGGGCUGGUGGUGACGCAGCUGAGAGGGCACGUCUGGAGCUCCAGGUGGCUGGGGGCAGAGUGGUGAGGGAGGGUCUGCAGUACAGGCAAAAUCGGAAGCCCUGGGAGUGGCGGGAACACGCAGGGCCUACCAGAGCAAGUCGGGAGUGGGGUCAAGGCCUUGGGGCCUCCCCCAAGUGUAGAGGAGGAUGCGGGAGGAGACUGCAGAUUGGGGUCAGGAGCAGAGAAGACGGGUGGAGGGAGGUACCAGGGCAGAGGCACGGGGACCGCUGGUCAGUCCAGAGGUGGAGGGGCCAGCUUCCAGUCUGCCUCCAGUGCUGCAGGGGCCCUGGGGAGGAGGGAGACCCUGUCCCGGCUCUCGCGGGGCUCACGUGGCGCGUGGCAAGUGCUCAGUGCUGCCCAGAGCCUGGAUGGCCUCCCGCCCGGAGGCGGCAGGGAGCUCGUCCUGCCUCAGGAAGGCGUGCGGCGGGGUGUUUGGGUGCAGCGGUUGGUGGGGAGGGGGUGGGCGGGGAGAAAGCCUCGAAGGCCAGCGCGGCCCCCACCGCCAGGCGGUGUGAACUUACGUCUGGCCGGGUCGAUUCAUUCUGAGUAAGUGACAGUGAAGUGAAGUGGCGUCUUCUCUUUUUGCUGAGAGAUGAAUUAACCAAAUUGACGUGCAGAGAUGUGAUUGUCGCUGCCAGGGGAGCCCAAAUCGGCCUCCCACCUCCAACUGCCAAGUGAAUCCAGGCAGGCUGUUCCGCCCCGGCCUGCUCUGCGGCUGGCAGCAGCGGCCGUUCCUGUGGGGAGUCUGAGCAGCCUGGGGCCGCCACAUCCCAGCCUGUCUCG